GAGCAAGAUCCCAUAAACAGGAAUGUGAUAGUGAGCAGCUCAUCUGCUGAACAACGCUGGUAGAGAAAUAAUUAUUGAGCGAGGCAAUGAGGAACAUGGUACAGUAUUUAGGAGCAGGAGUAGGCCAUUCGACCCCACCAUCCUGCUACUCCACUAAGAUCACCUGGCUAAUCUGGCUGCUGUCUGGCCUCUACUUUCAUGUCCCAGCCUGCUCGUUUGCAAUGCUGCGGUGUAUUUUGCGUCCAUCCCUUUAAGAAAUCAACUGAAGGACUACUCUACAGUACUCCCUUAGUUACAAUGCGAAGGGAGCAUUUUAAACUUCCAGCUUAAAUCUGGUUGUCAGGUCUGUUGGGCUUCAACUGGUGAUAUUCUGCCUCAGUGUUGGGAGUGGCCAAGGCUAGCACGAAAUUGUGACCACAUUGUUAAGACAAAUUGUUACAAUCAGAUCAACCACUGUGACUUAACUGUGUCAGGCGAUGAGUUUAGGAGCGGUGACUGGACGAGUUUUCCCGGUGCUAGACUUCUCUCGCCAGAGGGAGGGAGAAAGAAAGAGCCACAAAGGGGCUGGGAGGCUGAACCGACGAUAAAAGCAAUUGGAUAGAGAGUAGGAGCUAGACGUAGUUUGAAACCUUGCAGAGGAACGACCCAGGCGUGAGCGGAGAUUCACAAAUUAUAAAACGGAAUACCGCAAUCUUCCACAUCAAAAAAAAGCUGAACUGAAAUAUUUCAUGUUGUCUUAAGUGCAAGUUUUCUUUAGCCUCUUCUUUUCUAUGCCUGGAUUCAAUGCCGGCUCAAUUCAUCAGCUGGAGCUGCUACUUUGAAAUGUUUUAGAAGCUGUCUUUUUAAAAAAAAACACACCGCACUCCGCCUUCAGUGAAUUUCGAUCUGGUUGCUGGCGAUUUAUUUCAAACGGAACUAUCCUCUACUCCGUCCAGGAAUCAACCGCAAAGUUCAAGAAGCAGCUUGGAAAGUUUUUGGGGAGCUAGUUUCCUCACUGUGCAGAGCCGAUGUGUUGGUUUCCCUGAGCCAGAGAGAUUUUCUUCGUCAAAGGAGCUGAACUUUUUUUUAGAAAAUGAGAAGAUUGUGGCUUCUAUCGUUUUGUUUGUGGAUUGAGAGCUGGUGCCAGAGCCCUGAGCCCGGACUUCCAGAAGACGUGCCCUUCCUGCAGAAUCCCAAGAGUAUCAUAUCCUUCCAGGGAAAAGAAGUAAAGUUGCGCUGCUCUAUUCAGGUGAUGGGCGAACUCCCCGAAAUAAAUUGGCAACGAGAUGGGGCUCUGUACCAAGCAGAUGUCAACCAAGUUCUGGUGCCAGUGAGUGAUGACGAAUGGCUAGCCAUCAGUGAAUUAAGUAUUCCCUCAAUCCACCGCACGGACGCUGGGAGUUAUCGGUGCAUCACUUCAGUGAAAGGCAGAGAAAUCAUCUCCAAAGAAGCUCAGCUAGAAAUUGAAGGGUUGCCCCACUUUACCGAGCAGCCGCAGGAUGUCAAUGUGCACCGGGACAAGCCUUUUAACCUGAGCUGUGCUGCUGCAGGAUCACCAGAAUUGAAGGAGCUGACGUGGCUACAGGACGGUGUGCCGGUACCCCUUGGGGAGAAGACUUCAGCGAUCUCACCCUCGACCCUCUUGAUCCAAGGGUUAAAGAAGCCGGCAACAUUCCGAUGCGAAGUGCACAAUGCCAAGGGUGUGGCCACCUCCCGAACAGCCAACGUCAAACUUCUGCCAGACACACCAAACAAUGUGACAGUGACUUUCACAAGCUCCCGUGCUCUUGGAAUCUCAUGGACUCCUGGCUUCAGUGGCUUUGUUCCGUUUACCUCCUGCACUGUCCAGGCCAAGCAAUCUGAGGGUGACCUCAGUCAAGAGAUCUAUUUGAAGGAUAUCUCUGUUCCACCAUUCAAUCACAUGAUCAGAGCAUUGGCACCAUACUCGCGAUAUUGGAUCCGGUUGGCCUGCAGCACAGAGAUUGGCACCUCGCCAUGGAGCAGCUGGGUGGCAGCGGAAACAUUUGAAGGAGAGCCAGACACAGUCCCAAGCAACAUAACCUUCCAAUACAAUGGCAGUGCUCUGCUCUUCGAAUGGGAGAAACCAUCUACAGGCCUUAAUGGGGUCUUGCAAGGAUACAAAGUGGCAUAUCAGGACCAAGACCAUGCUGAGGUGAUUGUGGACAAUGGGCAGAGGGAGAACAUUAUCCUGGAGGUUGUUUUGCCUGUCACGAACCUGAGUGUUCGUUUGGCAGCCUACACGAAAGCUGGGGAUGGGCCAUGGAGUGACCCUGUCCUGGUGACCCUUCCUAGCCCAGGUAUUCCAAGGCAGAUGAGACAUCCAGUAGGGAAGGCAGGCAGGAGGACAUUCUCUUGGCACUGGUGGUAUGUGGUGAUGGCCGUCGCUGUAGCCAUGGCCUCUGCUAUUUGCCUCGCUGUGCUGGUUGCCCGACUGAGGAAGAAGGAUGUUCGAUACGGUGAAGCCUUUGAACCCAUGAUCGAGAGAGGGGAGCUGGUGGUGCGGUACCGAGUGAAGAAGUCAUACAGCAGAAGGACUAAUGAGGCCACGUUGAACACGCUGGGAAUAAGUGAUGACCUCAAAGAGAAGCUGCAGGAUGUGAUGAUUGACCGACACAAGUUAACACUGGGCAAGACUCUGGGAGAAGGAGAGUUUGGCUCUGUGAUGGAAGGACAAUUGAACCAGGAUGAUUAUAUUCUCAAAGUGGCAGUCAAGACAAUGAAAAGAGCACUGUUAACAAGAGAUGAAAUGAGGAUAUUUCUCAGAGCAAUAUGUUAUAUGGAAUUUAAUUUACAUAAUGUGAAGAAGCUAUUUGGGGUCUGUUUACAGAAUCACGAGAAUGAAGGCUUUCCAUCACCAGUUGUAAUCCUCCCAUUCAUGAAACAUGGGGAUCUCCACAGCUUCCUCUUGUAUUCUCGCCUGGGAGAGAGCCCUGUGUACCUCCCGAUGCAGACACUGGUAAAAUUCAUGACUGACAUUGCUCGGGGCAUGGAAUAUCUCAGCAACAAGAACUUCAUCCACAGGGACCUGGCUGCACGCAACUGCAUGUUAAAUGAAAACAUGAAUGUCUGUGUGGCUGACUUUGGGCUGUCCAAAAAAAUUUACAACGGCGAUUACUACCGACAAGGCCGGAUCUCAAAAAUGCCAGUGAAGUGGAUUGCAAUUGAAAGUCUAGCAGACAGAGUUUACACAGCCAAAAGUGAUGUAUGGUCCUAUGGUGUCACCAUGUGGGAAAUUGCAACCCGUGGGCAAACUCCUUAUCCAGGUGUGGAAAACAGCGAGAUCUAUGACUAUCUCCGACAAGGCAAUAGACUCAAGCAGCCCCCAGACUGUCUGGAUGCAUUGUAUGAGCUGAUGUACUAUUGCUGGCAACUGAACCCAAGAGAGCGGCCGACUUUUGAGAUCAUCUGCUGUCAACUGGAGAAGAUUGUGGAAGACCUGCCACCGUCUUCAGACCCAGAAGAGAUUCUUUACGUCAACAUGGAAGAUGCUUGUGGGAGGUCAGACAGUUGCUGUGAACAGGGAGCAGUUGGAGGCAGUGAUCUUGAGGAGUGUUUGAAGGCGUCAUGCUCACAGUUUUCCAAGGCACCUGUGGUAACAUCAGUAGAUGUCCACCAGUCAAAUGCAGUCGAUCGCUAUGUGUUGUGUCCACCUCAUGAGACUACCCGAUCAAUGGCAAUGGCACCCUUAAGUAGCAAUUCGCCUCCAUGUUUAGCGGCGGAGGACUCCGCCCUGGAAGAAAUGUGUGGGAGCGAGUGUAAAUGAGAGUUGUCUGUGUUACUUGCCACUUCAUAUUUCCAGGAACCUUGCCUCAAAUCACUCAAGUGAUCUCCAAGUAAAGACACUGACUGCGUGCUAUUGUUAAAAGAAUGUAUAAUGUCACUUUGACCACGAUAACAUCAGAACAGUCCUGCAGUCAAGCCAAGUUGGCAAUUGGAAAAGUGCAAACAACCAACCAAUUUAACCUUAAUCCCUCAUGCCAAUCUCUUGCAUGUCAUGAACUUCAGGACUUCUCUUGCUUCCCUUCUGUCAGACACUUUUCUUCCCUUUAUCUAGCAGAGUUGGAGGGAUACAGUGUCUAAAUAUCAUAUCACAGUGGCCUCAAUCCAAAAGCACUUGGGGCUGAUAUCAAAUAUAUAUUGAUGCUUUAAUCAUGUUUGAUCAUGGCUGUCAUUGAUCUGAGAUGUAUAUGCUGAGAAGUGUACUCUUGAAUCCAGCUUCCCAGUGAAAAACAAAGUAAUGCAGGUGAAAGGCCAAAGGUCGCCAGUUCAGGGGAUACGGGUUGCAAUGAAGUUACAUGAUCUCUGAAACAUGUGUUUAACUCCACUGUAUCUAUGACAAUAGCAGAGGGAGUCUGAAAUAUUUGUGGAUUAUACAGGAAAACUUGUCGGUUUAAAAAAAAUAGGUAAGUUCACUUCCAGAAUUUAACAUGUAAAUUUUUUUUUUAAAUAAAAAGAAAAUGGCAGGGAUAUGAUUAGAACUUUUUUCAAAUUCAUUCAUGGGAU